UUGACUGUAAACGUCCAGGACAUGGGCUGCUUGGGAGGCAAGACGGACGAAGAACGCCUGGACGAGAAAGUCAAACGAGAAGCCAACAAAAAGAUCGACCGACAACUCCAAAAGGAACGGCAAGCCUACAAAGCCACGCACAGACUUUUACUGCUGGGAGCGGGCGAGUCCGGCAAGAGCACCAUCGUCAAGCAGAUGAGGAUCCUUCACGUCGAUGGUUUCAAUGCCGAGGAGAAGCAGCAGAAGAUUCAAGAUAUCAGGAAGAACGUAAAGGACGCCAUCGUGACCAUAGUGACGGCGAUGAGCACCUUGACUCCGCCCGUGCCUUUGAGCGAACCCGCCAACCAGUACCGACUGGACUACAUGAAGGGCAUCGCGCCUCUUUCUGACUUUGAAUACACGGAGGACUUUUUCGAGCACGCUCAAAAGCUGUGGGAGGACGAGGGCGUCAAGGCGUGUUACGAGCGGGCCAACGAGUACCAGCUGAUUGACUGCGCUCAGUACUUUCUGGACCGCUUGAACUCUGUGAGAAGGCCCGACUACACUCCGACCGACCAGGAUUUGUUGCGCUGCCGAGUUCUGACUUCGGGGAUUUUCGAAACCAGAUUUCAAGUGGACAAGGUCAACUUUCAUAUGUUUGACGUGGGAGGACAACGAGAUGAACGCAGGAAGUGGAUUCAGUGCUUCAACGACGUGACGGCCAUCAUCUUCGUGGCGGCGAGCAGCAGUUACAACAUGGUCAUCCGAGAAGACAACUCCACCAAUCGCCUGCAAGAGUCUCUGGACCUCUUCCGGUCCAUUUGGACCAACAGGUUUUUGAAGACCAUUUCGGUCAUUUUGUUCCUGAACAAACAAGAUGUGCUCGCUGACAAAAUACUGGCAGGGAAAUCCAAACUGGAAGAUUAUUUCCCGGGAUACGCCAACUAUGCCGUUCCUCCCGAUGCUGUUCCGGUCCCGGACGAAGACGCCAGGGUGACCCGAGCCAAAUUUUUCAUCCGAGAUGAGUUUCUGAGGAUCAGCACGGCCAGCGGCGACGGCAAACACUACUGCUACCCUCACUUCACGUGCGCCGUGGACACAGAAAACAUUCGGCGCGUCUUUAACGACUGCCGCGACAUCAUCCAGCGUAUGCACCUGCGACAGUACGAGCUCCUCUGA